AGCCGGAGCUGGGCGGUGGCGGCGGCGGCGGCGGCGGCGGCGGCGGCGGGAGGGAUCUCGCGGAGUCGGAGGCGGUGGCGCAAUGGAGGGACUGGAAGAAAAUGGAAGUGUCCAAGUGGGAGAAUUGUUACCUUGCAAGAUAUGUGGAAGAACAUUCUUUCCAGUGGCGUUAAAAAAACAUGGACCCAUUUGCCAGAAAACUGCCACUAAAAAACGUAAGACUUUUGAUUCAAGCAGACAAAGAGCUGAAGGAACUGAUAUCCCAACAGUAAAGCCUCUUAAACCUAGGCCUGAACCACCAAAGAAACCAUCUAAUUGGAGAAGAAAACAUGAAGAAUUCAUUGCUACCAUAAGAGCAGCUAAAGGCCUUGAUCAGGCACUUAAAGAGGGUGGAAAACUUCCUCCUCCUCCUCCACCCUCUUAUGAUCCUGAUUAUAUUCAGUGUCCAUAUUGCCAGAGGAGAUUUAAUGAAAAUGCAGCUGAUAGACAUAUUAACUUCUGUAAAGAACAGGCAGCACGUAUUAGUAAUAAAGGCAAAUUUUCUACUGACACCAAAGGAAAGGCAUCUUCUCGGACACAGUAUAAGCCUCCUGCACUUAAAAAGUCAAAUUCUCCUGGAACUGCGUCAUCAGGAUCUUCACGAUUACCACAACCAAGUGGCACUAGCAAAACUGUUGUAGGUGUGCCUUCAGGUAAAACUGUGUCUUCAGUUAGCAGCUCUUUGGGAAACAAACUUCAGACCUUAUCUCCCUCCCAUAAAGGGAUACCAGCCCCUAAUGUAGGAACUAACAUCAAACCUCGAAAUACCACACCACCUAGUUUGGCACGAAAUCCUUCCUCAAGUGUGCCUACAAACAAAAGAAAAACAUAUACUGAGAGCUACAUAGCCAGGCCAGAUGGAGACUAUAUAUCUUCACUUAAUGGCGGAAACAUUAAAGGCACGGAAGGAAAUUCAACAGGACACUUACCAAAAUUCUGCCAUGAGUGUGGGACUAAAUACCCUGUAGAAUGGGCAAAGUAUUGCUGUGAAUGUGGCAUUCGAAGAAUGAUUCUGUGAACAGAGUCCAAAAGAAAAAGCUAAGUCUGGAAUUUUAUGACUGUUGCUGCUUGCACAGCUAGAGCACUUCCUUUAAUGAUUUUAUGCUAAAAUUAUUCAAAAUACUUUUUUCGGCAAUUUUUGGAGCAUAAUUCUUUGGCUGUGUAAUGUGUAUGUGUAUAUAUAUAUAUGUGUACAUAUACUGUAUAUAAUUAAUACCUGAUAGCCCAAACUGUGCCACUCAAGGAAAUAUUCACUCAUCUGUCAGAAAAUAAUUUCAAGUGGAAUCAUUAACUUAGGUAUUACUUUUCUGUUGUUGUUAAAGCACAUUAAGCAUACCUUCACAAAAUCAAAUGCUAGUGCUCAGCCCUUCAAGCUUUAGGAUGAUCAAAAAAUUUGAGCAAAAAAUCAGAACAAACAUAUUAUCGGUGCUUAUUUUCAUAUAGUAUUAUAGGGUGGGAUGCUUGGAAUUUUGGAAACAGUACAUUCAGUUACAAUUAGUUAUGUGAGGUCAUUUUCCUGAAGAGCUCUUCAACAAUUAAUUUUAUAAAUAAUUGAAAAGAGAAUAAAACCCCUAUACUAUGUUGUUUUUUAAUUGAUAUAUCAUUAAUUUUAUAAUUUAGAGAUCUUUACUCAUUCUUUAAAAUGUAAUUAUGUAAUUUCCUUUUCAGAGACACAAGAUUAAAAAAUAUAAAUAUAUCUUAUUCCAGUUAUAACUGAUUUUUUUACCUCAGUGUGUUAGUUGAAUGUAUAUUCUAAUUGUGUCUCCAUAUUUCACUUUUUCCUUUUUUAUAAACUUAUGUCUGAGGCAUUUUAAUUUACUUUUUGCAAAGUUUGAAAAUAAGAGGCAUAAUAUUUAAGAGGCAUGAAAUUCCUUAAAAAAUUCUACAUGUUUAUUUCUGUGUCUAAAAUUAGAAGAAAUUAUUUUGAUGGAUUUUAAAACAAACCACCUCACCCUAAUAAAUAAUUUGGAUAAUUAAUCAUUACUACAAGGCAUGCAGGUAAGAAGUAUUUUAAUUUUUUAAUUUUAAUUUCCCUGAAGUAUAGUUAGAUGUAGUGAUGAGCUGUUUAAGAGACUAAUUUUUCUUUCUUAUAUUUUAUUUUUAGUGUUUAAUACUAAAACACCUUCACAUCACAGUAAAAAAAAACACUGAAAAUGCACUGCUUUAAUGCACAGCUGACUUAUGUAACUAAACAUUCACAAAAAUUUAAUUGUACUUUGACUUUGGCUAACCUACAGCUUUUAAUCAUUAUCACUAUCAAUGUGACAGUAUUUAGUAGUAGAUACUUUGAUUGUCUGUGCAGCCAUGUUCAGUAACUCCUUAGUGGUUUCUGUGGAGUAGAAAGAAAAGAGCUUUGAUCUUAUAAAGAUACAAGCAAAUCUUUUAUAGGUCAUUUCUAGCUUCUCUUUUAUGACUGUGAGCAAAUAUAAGGGUUAAUGCAGAAAUUUGUGGCUUUUAAUUUUCUCUGAAAUUUAUUUAUGCUUAUACUUUAUAAUUGUAUUCCUUAGGUUUUUUGUUUGUUUUUUGGUUUUGUUUUUAGUGUUUUUUGUUGUUGUUGUUGUUUUCCAUUCAGCAGGGGAUAUGAACUUUGAAGUAAUGGGAAUUGUUGUUUUAUUUACCUUAUAGUUUUUUUCCUGACUUUUCAUUAAUUUUAAAUCUGGUUGUCUUUAUUCAGUCAUAUUGACCUAAAAAGUCCAUUAACUACAAUAAGCUGUAAUUAAUUUAGGAGAAUAGUGUACAUAUUAGAUUUUCAUUUCAAUAAUAUAUGUUAUUUUGUUCUGUUAACAAAUCAUAUGAAGAACUUUAAACUUUGUUUUCCCUGGAACUGAGCACUAUUUUUCUUUUUCCAAGUUUUUUUUUUUUUUUUUUUUUUUAAGACCAGGUAAUUUAGCCCAAAGAAGGGAUAGAUAAAUGAACUUAAACAAAAUGGCACAUGUUUGUUUUUCACAGAAUUUUGCAGUAGCCAGUAAAUGUUAUAAUGUACUACAUGGAAAAUGAGUUGGUAAAAAAUCAUCCAAUUCUAGAACCCAGAGAUUAUUAUAAACAGUAAAUAGGUGAAGUACACUUAGAAAUUAUGAAAUAUGUUGUGACAGUGUUUUUAAAUGCGUUUUUGUUACCUACAUAUAUUAUUCUCACAUUGAUUUGUUGUGCAAUAGUUCAGUUUAUAAGAAAUUUUCCUAGAUCUAUGCAUCAUUUAUUUUUAUUUAUUUUUACAAGUAUUUGCCAGUGUGGUAGAAUAAAGAAAUGAUUGUUAAGCUUAAAUUAAAAAUGUAAAAAUUGCUUAUAUAUUAUUCUGAAAGUCACUAGCUUGAGAAGUAAGAUUAUUAUGGUUGCUGUUGUCUCUUGUUCACUCUUUUUUUUUUUUAUUACAAAUACUGUCUUCAUUUUUGAACCUAUUCAAUAAAGACAUGAAGCAAAAAAAA